GCCUGGCCACAAAGUCCACGCGGGUGACAGCGGCAGCUCCCCGGGUUUCUCCACCAGGUGCAGCCCAGGGCGGCCUUCAUCCCUGCUUCCCUGAAUGGAAGGGGCCCAGAUGGCUGCCGACGCAUCCUCCCUCUGGGAGACCCUUGCCGGCAGCUUCCUGACUUGCAACAUUUGCCUGGGACACUAUUGCCAGCCCAAAAUCUUACCCUGCCUCCACAGCUACUGCCAGGACUGUCUGAAGACGCUGCAGGGUGGGGCGAAGCGGGAGCUGCGGUGCCCUGAAUGCCGCGAGCCGGUGCCUCUCCCGGCCGGCAUUGAAGGUUUGAAGACCAACUUCUUCAUCAAUGGCCUCCUGGACUUGGUGCCUCCAGUCGAGAAGGCCAGGGUCACCUGCAGCCUGUGCCCGCUCAUUGGGCAAGAUGCCAGCUCUGUCGCCGUGUCUCACUGCAUCGAUUGUGCCGACCACCUGUGUCAGGCCUGUGCCAGUGGGCACCGUUGCUCCCGGCUUACCCACAAACACCUCGUGGUGGACAUGGAGGCUUACCACUCUGGGAAGUACAACGAGGAGAUCCGGAAGCGCCAGGCGGCACGCUGCAAAGAGCACAAGGGCGAAAACCUGCAGUAUUUCUGCAUUCCCUGCGCUGCUGCCCUCUGCCGGGAGUGCCGCCUGGGCCAUCACCUGGAGCACCCGUGCCUGUCUCUGUCGGAGGCCGCCAAAGCCCGCCGUCCCGUCAUCACAGGCCUCUUGGCUGGGGUGGCGGAGAAGGUGCAGCUCAUCGCCCGGGGAAAGGCCAGCCUGGAGGAGGAGAUAAAGGAGAUGGAGGUGUGGAACACGAACAUCCGUAGCGUGGUGGAGCAGACGUGCGCCAAGGCCGUGGAACAGCUGCUCAGCCACAAGGGACAGGUCCUGGCCCAACUCUCCAGCUACCUGGAGGAGCGGAAGGUGGCCUCUCGGUUGCUGCUCUCUGAGCUGGGCUUCCAGGAGCAGGUGGCCUCCAGCACGGUGGCCUUCGCCCAGAAGGUGCUGAGCCUGGGCCAAGAGGAGGAGAUCGUCUCCUUGGAGCAGAUGAUCUCGGAGAGGCUGAGGCAGCUGCAGGGCUUCUCUUGGGAGGCCCUCGCCGUGCAGGUCCCCAAGCUCCGCAUCCAGCCGAACCUCCUCUGCGGCUGCAACCUCUUCCACCUGGAGUUCCACGAGAAGCCCACGGCCGCCGCCCCGGAGGGCUACGCCCAGGUGGCCAGGAAGAAAGCAAAGCAGAAGCCGCCCCAGGGAGCAGAAGUGGGGGAGGCCUGCAGGCAGGAACAGGCUCCCAGUGGGGGAAGCUCUGGGCUGCUGGAAUCCGGUGGGCCUCCUUCCCCCAACGGACCAGAGGUCCCCCGCCUGACCCCCAAGCCCGUCUUUUUCUGCAGCUUCUGGGUAAAAGUCCCGACGGACAAGAAGCAGCCACAAAUCACGGGCUUGUGCCCGUUCGGCUCCGGAGAAAUCCUGCUGGCCGACGAGCAGAACAAGAAGUUGAAGCGCUUCUCUGUGCAGGGCGAGUUCAAGGGCACGAUCCCGGUGCCGGGCGACGUGGCCCCAUUCAGCGUAGCUGCCGUGGGCAACAAGGUGGUCUUCACCGCUGCGUCUCAGCUCUACGUCUUAAAUGAAACGGGAGGGAUUGUGUGGCAAAAGGCUCUCAAGGGGGGGCAGGCCAGCCACGCGGUCACCACCUGUGACGGGAACUGCGUGGUGGUGUCCGUGGCAGGACAUCUGGAGGUCUUCAACAUGAAAGGGCAGCUCCUGGAGAGGAUUGUGCCAGAGGGCUCCCACGACCGAUCCCUGGUAUUCCUGGGCAGGUGGAAAGAGGGAUUCGUGGCAUCCGACUGGUACCGGCGUAGUGUGGUGCUGCUCGGCAGGAAGGGGGAUCUGGUGACCGAAUACCAGGAAGAGCAGUUGAAGGAGUCUCAGCCGGGCAGCGUCUGCGCUGACGCCCCCGGGAUCAUCUACGUGGUGCUUCGGGAGCUGAACAAGGUCGUGGCUUUUUCGGAGGCCGGGGAAGUCCUGGGAUCCUUUCUCACAACAGAGAACAACAUCUUCAAGCCACGCAUGGUCACCAUUGCCGGGGACGGGCAUUUUGUGGCCGCUCUCACCAACGGCACCGUCCACGUCUUUAAGAUCAAGUACCAGGGCAAGUGAGCGGGAAGCAUGGAAAUGAAAAACGUUGGGGAAUUUUUAGAAUAAUAGAAUAAUAGAAUAAUAGAGAUACAAAAGUAUAUGAUCAUUGAAUAGAUUUAGGAUGAUGUAAUGAAUUGUUAUAAUAUAAAUGUAUCCAAUGCCUAGAAUGUUUCAUUCAAAAUGAAGGAAUAAUAAUUAUAGUCAAAUAAAUGAUGUACAAUGAUAAUA